AUGCUAGAUAAGUCCUCUCGAGAGCUCAAUAACGAGGAAAGCAGCGAAGUUAUCCAUAUAAAACCCAAUUGGAAAAAUUGGCUAAACUUAGUCAUAUUCAGUUUAGCUCAAUAUAUAGAUGUAUUCGGAACAUAUGCCACAAUUAUAGCUAUUCCAAUCAUCGGUGAAGAGCUUUCAUUGGAUAGCGCUACAAGUUCAUGGGUUAUUGAUGGAUAUCUUUUGGUAUUCGCAUCCUUUUUACUCGUGUUUGGUAAAUUGAGUGAUUUAUAUUCACCCAAGUUAGUCUUCGUUAUUGGUUUGGCCUGGAUGGGCAUUUUACACCUUGGAGCUGGUUUUUGUAAAAAUGCUGUCGCUCUCGUAAUACUCAAAGCUCUUUCGGGAUGGGGAGCUGCUGCAACUAUACCAUCAGGGAUCAAGCUUAUCGUUAUGGAGUUCCCAGAUGAGGAAUAUCGCCGAAUAGCGCUAUCAAUCUUCUGUUUGUGCGGAGGCAUUGCUAAUGUAACCGGUACUAUCUUUGGUGGUCUACUCACAAGCGUCGACUGGCAAUGGGUACUUUGGAUUAUUUCCAUCAUCACAAUCCCCCUUUCGCUCGCUUCCUUCUUCACGAUACCAGAUGUUCCACUCAAGUUUGAGACUGAUAGUAAAAUGGAUUUCGUUAGCUCUUUUAUUAUGGUUGCUGGCCUAGUAUUACUUAUUUACUCUCUUACAGCCGGAAAUACAGUAGGAUGGCCAACUGCACACAUCUUAGUACCACUAAUACUAGCUGUCUUGCUUUUGGUCGCCUUUUUUUAUCUUCAAACUAGAAUGUCUCCCAGGAGAGCUCUCAUUCCACCAAGAGUUUGGCGUUACAAGGGCAUGACUGUUUUGUUCUGUGCCUCAUUGACUGUAUCUGGCUGGUGGACUUGCGUUUUGAUUUCUUUGGCUAAUAUUUAUCAAGAUGUUUGGCAUUGGGACCCGACAAAAGCAGCAGUUCAUUUCCUUCCAUUUGGUAUUGCUAGUGCUAUAAGUGGUUCUUUAGCUUCAACCAUUUUGAAGUAUGCUAAUUUCAAACUUUCAAUUCUUGUUGCAUAUCUCGCAUCCCUUUCUGGCGUUUUACUUAUCAGUUUUGGAGAUGAACAAAGUCUCUAUUGGAGAUUCGCAGUACCAGGAAUGGUUAUAGGGUCCGCUGCAUGUGCUUUUCUUUAUACUGCGACAAAUGUUGGUAUGGUGCAGGUUUCACCUGAUAAUGAAACUGGUUUGGCGGGUUCUAUGUUUCAAAUGUCUCAACAGACUGGUUCUGCGAUUAUGAUCUCUAUUUUCAUUGCUAUUCGGGGUGCUGUUAAUGAGCAGAGUACUGACAUAUUUAAAGGCACAUCAGCAGGGAUGUGGUGA